AUGAAGCAAAUAGAAGCCAUAGCAGUACUGUCCGUCGAGUCGGACCAAGUACGGUUCACGGUAAUAUCGAACAGGGACGGUAGCGAAGUGGUCACGUCGGCGGAGACGUUUCCGUUAUUAACCGUAGAGCCGGACGGCCGGAAAGUCGAGAGAAAUGAUACGAACGCACAUCAGUCGGUCGAGGUAGACGAUCGGCCGCACUCGCCGUCCGACGACUCGGCAGACUGUCAGCGGGUGAGCUGUUCGGAGGCGAAGGAACCGCCGAUUGGCCCGGGCCACGUGGAACAAGACGCGAACGUCGUAUGGGACGCGGUGCUGCGGGUGACCGCCGACGCGGUGGACACGAUGUGUCGGGACGGCACGCCGGUCACGUACAUCAAAUCGGUGGCGAUCGCCAACGAGAUGGCCACGCUGGUGACGUGGAACGCGGUCACCGGCAAGGCGGUGCACAACCUCGUCCACUGGUCGGACGCCCGGAUGGCCGACGGCGGGACGGCCGCGGCCGCCGAAUGGCUGCUCCAGCGGUCGGCGGCCGUGAAGUGCACAGCGGACAGCCGCCGGUUCGGCACGCUGGACGCGUGGCUGACGUGGAAGCUGACGGCCGGCAAGACGUACCAGACGGACGUGACGAACGCCUCGUACACCGGACUGCUGAACUUGGCCACGCUGUGCUGGGACCGGGACGCCAUGCGGUCCCGCGGUCUGGCGGCCGCCUCUUGGCCGGCACUCCGCCGGCCGGACAAGCGGUCGACCGCGGUGAUCGUGGUGGGCCGCCUGUACGGGCUGUCCGUGCACGUGACGAUGGCCCGUCCGGGCGCCGCGUUGUACGCGCAGGCGUGUUACCGCCGCGGACAGGUGGCCGUCACGUUGGCCGACCGGACGGUAGUCGCGCUGGGCGCGCACGACCGCGGCCCGCCCCGUCGACAACCGGCCCGGGGCCCGAGACCCGUGGUCGGCUACUGCGAACCGAACAUGGCCGACCGGAAACGUCCGAGAAUCGUGUACGGACUGUUGGCCGUGUCCGGGGCCACCGACGCCGUCCACUGGCUGAAGAACAUGGGACUGGCCAAGUCGUGGGACGAGUGUAUGAACGCCUGCGCUCCGGGGGGCGCGGCCGCGAAGACCGGCCGCAAGGCGUACAUGGUGCCGGCGUUUGGUGGCCUGCCGUCGGCGCCGUACGGGCGGCCGGACGCGCGUCCCGUGGUGUGCGGCAUCGGCGGCCGCACGGGGCGCGCGCACUUGAUCGACGCGGCCGUCGACUCGAUCUGCCACAGCACCAACGACAUUGUCCGGUGCGUGGUGGCCGGUUCGGCGUCGACACUCGCGGCACCCGUGCACGUGGACGGUCCGUGCUCGGAGCUGGACGGCCUGAUGCGGCGGCUGGCAGACGUGUCCGGCCACGGGCUGGCGGUAAACCGGCCGGACAUGGCCGUCACCGGCGCGGCCCGGAUGGCAGCGGCCGCGCUGAACAUCGAGUACGCGGACCGGCACGAGACCGUCCACUACGUGCCGACGUCCACGGCCGAACAGCGGUCGGCGUGGGACGGUCAAUGGGCGAAGGCGGUGCGCAGGAGUUACGGCUGGGUGGCCGUGGACGGCCGCGAGUUGAGAGACCGGUACGCGACGGCGUCCGCCGACCAACGGCCCGGCCGCACAGGCGUUUCGCGACUGACCAACGUGCUUCGCCGGGUCGGUUACUGGUACAGCAUGAAAGUGUACGAUCUGCUCUACGCCGUGCGCAGCUAUUUUACGCCAAACACUCAUCCGCACCGCGACGCGAUCGGCGACGGCUCGCCCGCCACCGACAACACCGUGUGCGAAUCCGCGUGA